ACUGUUAAGAUCAACGGUAUUACUCUCAGCUCUUCCCUUUAUACUUGAGUCUCACCCAAGUAAACAGAAGAGUCAUGCAUGUGCCCUUGAAUGGCAUCUUUUUUGCAAGGCGAAACAAACUGCGCAGUUUCCUGUGCCAGACACCACUGCCACAGGUGAGACUUCCUUCAAGUUGGAUGUUUUAUAUGUCUUCAGACCAGGUGUGCACUUCCAAGUAAACGUCCCCAUUUCAGUCUGUUGGAUCAAGGUUUACGAAUCUUCAGGACACUGUCUUGGGGCACAGCUGUAGUUCUUACAGGUAGAACUUUGUGACUUCUUGGCAAGAAAGGCCAAAGACUUUCUGUUGAGUGUAAACUUCACAGGGUACAGAACAGCAUGGGUGAAGAGAACAGCAUGGGGGUAAGGCUGCCAGGGAAGCUGCUGUCCCUUCUGAUCAUCCUGAAGGUGUUUGGAUCAACAGAAGCUUCCUGCAGCCUGGCAGGUUCUUAUGCUGAUUGCCGGAGCCAGAACCUCGCCAGUGUUCCUCAGAACCUGCCAACAGGCAUCACUAACCUUGACUUGCGAUAUAAUCAGAUUACAACAAUAAGUCAGUCUGAUUUCUCACGGUAUGGAAACUUGACAAGGCUUGAUCUACGUCAAAAUGACAUAGCCAAAAUUGGUACUCAAGCAUUCUAUAAUUUGUCAGAUUUGAGACUUUUCUAUCUUUAUGGGAACCGUCUGUCCAACUUGAGUGCUGACAUGUUCAGAGGGCUGGGAAAUUUACAGGACCUUUACCUGCACACUAAUGAGAUCAGUGAUAUUCAGGCUGGAACAUUCAGUUCAACACCAAAAUUGAGAACCUUGCAGCUACAUACUAACAAGUUAACUUACCUCAGAUCUGACAUGUUCACUGGUCUGGGAAACUUGCAGACUCUUUACUUAUACAGUAAUGAGAUCAGUGAUAUUCAGACUGGAACUUUUAAUUCAACAUCACAACUGAGAACCUUGUACCUGUAUCACAACAGGUUAACUACCCUCAAAUCUAACAUGUUCACAGGGCUGGGAAACUUGCAAAACCUUCAGCUGCCCAGUAAUGAUAUCAGUGAUAUACAGGCAGGAACUUUCAGUUCAACUCCACAACUCACACACUUGUACCUGUAUUACAACAAGUUAGCUACCCUCAGAUCUGACAUGUUCACAGGGCUGGGAAACUUGCAGGCUCUUUACUUAUACAAUAAUGAGAUCAGUGAUAUUCAGGCAGGAACUUUUCAUUCAGCAUCACAACUCAGAAACUUGUACCUGCAUCAAAACAGGUUAACUACCCUCAGAUCUGACAUGUUCACAGGGCUGGGAAACUUGCUGGCUCUUUUCUUAUACAAUAAUGAGAUCAGUGAUAUUCAGGCUGGAACUUUCAAUUCAACACCAAAAUUGAGAACCUUGCAGCUACAUCAGAACAAGUUAACUACCCUCAGAUCUGACAUGUUCACAGGGCUGGGAAACUUGCAGACUCUUAACUUAUACAAUAAUGAGAUCAGUGAUAUUCAGGCUGGAACUUUUAAUUCCACUCCACAACUGAGAAACUUGUACCUACAUUACAACAAUUUAACUACCCUCAGAUCUGACAUGUUCACAGGACUGGGAAACUUGCAGUACCUUUACCUGUACAAUAAUGAGAUCAGUGAUAUUCAGACUGGAACAUUCAGUUCAACUCCACAGCUGAGAACCUUGCGGCUAAGUCAAAACAAUUUAAGAGACCUCAAAUCUGACAUGUUCACAGGGCUGGGAAACUUGCAGACUCUUAAUUUACACAAUAAUGAUAUUAGUGAUAUUCAGGCUGGAACUUUCAAUUCAACACAACUCAUUAACUUGUACCUGUAUCAAAACAAGUUAAGUACCCUCAGAUCUGACAUGUUCACAGGGCUGGGAAACUUACAGACUCUUGCCUUAUACAAUAAUGAGAUCAGUGAUAUUCAGGCUGGAACUUUUAAUUCCACAUCAAAACUGAGUAACUUGGACCUGCAUAACAAUAGUCUUACAAUCCUAAAAGAAGAGAUUUUUGUAAAACUAUCAUCAAUCUACACAGUAAACAUUGACAACAACCCCUGGCAGUGUGACUGUAGGUUGGUUCCCUUCAGGCAAAAAAUAAAUGGAUCUCAUUCAUUUGAGAACCAAAUCACAUGUGAAGAACCCAGCAACUUCUGGGGGCAAAAGCUCAAAGAUAUCAGUCCUGAAGAUCUGAUCUGUGAAGAGCCAACAAUAGUGAGGUUUGAAAAGGUUCACAAUUACACAGUGGUAGAGGGGGAAAGUCUCUAUCUGGUCUGUGAAGCUUCAGGAAUCCCCACUCCAGACAUCACAGUCAUUCUCCCAUCAGGACUGAAUGCAACCUUAGAGUCUUCAGGUGGGAGGGUGACUGUGGGAGUGAAUGGUGCCAUCACCAUAACAAGUGUUACUGCAGCAGAUGCUGGUCUGUAUGCCUGUGUGGCAGUUAGUCCUGUUGGCUCAACACCUGCCAUACUGGUUGUCAAUGUGCAACUGAAAGCGACCACAACUGGUACAGUGGCACCAGUAAAUAAAAGUGUAACUUCGUAUCUUACUACAUACACAAUAGAAAGCAGUUCAAGUUACCAUGAAUCUGUUCCUGGUUUCUCCAUAACCCUACCUGUUUUCAUUGCAACUGUGUGUACCUCAGUAGCAGCUACUGUAAUCAUUUGUACAAUCAUUUUCAUAAUCUGGUGCAAACGGAAGAAACUGCAGCCUUCUUCAGACCAAACCCCUCCAGUUGUUUUCAGCAAUGCCUCAGCUAUGGUUACAAUCAGUGAGCAUGAUCAGACAGGGAAUGGAGGGGUCCAGACCAGAAGCUCAGAACAUGUCCCGGGACGUGCUACUUCUGAGGUUCUUGAGUACGAAGACGUGGUACUUCCACCGAGGAACGUUAACACAAGUCUUACCGCUGCAGGUCUGAUACAGCAACCUCAUGAAUAUCAGUCUCUUGAGCCCAACAGAAACAGAGCUCCUAGUGAUGAGCUUCCCUCACUUCCCCCUCCCAGUAACAGGAACAAUGGUGGGACAACUGGUGCCCAUUACACCCCACACUACUACCAAUCACUAAAGAAAAAAGCAUACUAGUAAUCAGUAUUUCUAAAGACUAAACUUUUAAAAUCAUGAAACAGGAUCCACAAGUCACACUAAAAGUCAGCAGAAAAUAUAGAACAACCAUUCUAAAAAUAAAUGUCCUCUUUGUGUACAUAUGUAUUAUAGUAUUAAUUAAAAGUCACUUGACAAU